AUGGGUCCGGACUACAAGAAUACAAUUGUAGUCCGGUCGGUGUCGGCACGAAAGGUGCAGGAGGCAGUCUGGGCUCUGGCAGCAGACAAGGCCCCGGGACCUGACGAGUUUCUCUCUUUCUUUUUUCGGAAGUACUGGGGUAUCAUUCGGGAAGCUGUGGUUGAGGCUGUGCAGUGCUUAUUUACCCAGGCAGCGAUGCUUGAGGAUUGGAAGGCCACCAUCAUUACGCUCAUUCUAAAGCGUCAUGAGGCAGUAGAGCCUGGUCACUUCAAGCCCAUUAGUUUGUGCACAACCUUGUACAAGGUUGUGGCGAGAAUAAUGGUGGGCAGGAUGAAGCCCCUAUUGUCGGACAUCAUCAGCCAAGAGCAAGGAGAUGAUAUGGGAUCUUCAGCGAGCACCGAAGCGGUGAAGCUUGAUGGCAGUCAAGCUGGAUAUGGAGAGGGCUUAUGGAGUUUUUUUCGGCGGGCACUGAAGGCUUACGGCUUCCACAGGCGGUGGAUUGGAUGGGGUGUGUGCACCAGCCAGAAGCUGGAGGCCUAUGUUCCAGCACCGGGGGUUGGACCUAUUUCUUACUUACUCUUUGCUGAUGAUUGUCUUCUCCUGACGAGGACACGGAUUUUUGAUACACGGUUCCAUCGCAGGGUGCUGGCGGGUUACUGCGCGGCGUCCGGACAGAGAGUGAACUUUCUGAAGUCAGUCAUUCAGUUCAGCCCUAGCACGGAGAGCAGAGUCAGACAGAAGAUCCAGAGGAUACUGCAGAUACUAGAGCAGGAGGAAACACUGAUCUACCUGGGAGUCCCCAUCACAGGCUGGAGACUACGGGUGGCAAAAUGCUCGAAGUUGGUACAGCGGGUCCAGAGCAGGUUGGAGGGAUGGAGGGCGUCAUCUCUAUCCAUGAUGGGGAGACUGACACUGAUCAGAUCGGUGUUAGGAUCCAUGUCGGUAUAUAUCAUGGCCAACACUGUGGUACCAAAGACGACUCUGUUGAGGAUCGAGCAUCUUCUGCAGAGCUUCUUAUGGGGGUCUCACGGUAGAGGCCAUGGGGUGCAUCUGGUGGCUUGGGAGCAGGUCUGCCUUCCCAUCAGCGAGGGCGAUCUGGGAGUGCAAUCCCUCCUGGAGAGCCGUGAGGCUCUUAUUGCUCGGCACGAAGCUUGGUUCUUGUUGGAGCCACACGAGCUCUGGAGUCGGGUGAUGGCAGCCAGAUAUGGUCGAGGGGGCUCAGAGGUGGUGUGGAGUGGCCGCCGGAUCUCCUUCAUGUGGUGCAAGAUUGGGAGGUACUUGCCGACUGUGUCGGCAAAUACCAGGUAG